GUGGCCAUUUCUUUAAAACCGAAAUUAUAAAAAACCGAAUAAACUGAACCUUAUUAACAAUAUUAACCGAAUGCCCAGCUCUAUUUGCUAGUAACACUCAAAACCAGAUCACUGAUAUUUUCAACGUCUCAAGACGAUCGGACGGCUGAAACAGCUCAUCCACAACGGCCACCCGUUGCACCGCACACAUCUUCGGCUGAGAAUCGGAAGCAGCUGCGGUUAAAACUUAAAAGGAAGGAAGGAAGGAACCACCGAAACGCACCGAUCUCUCUCCACCGUCCACGCGCGCGCCUCCUCCAAACCCGGCCGCCCCCUCGUCACGCGCCGCCCUUUUAUAACCCUCCACGCGCCCCCCGCAUGCGCGCAUCACGAGAUUGCAGAGAGAGAAAGAAGAGCGCGAUCGCGGGUCAGCUGAGUCCACGUACGCGCCGAUCCAUGGAGAUGAAGCUGUCGCCCGGCACCGGCGAGGUGUUUGGCGGCAAGAAGCGCCCGCCGAGCAGGCUCCAGAAGAAGGCGCCCGCGUCGCUGCAGCUCGAGCAGGCGGGCCCGGGCGCGGCCCAGCCUUCCGCCGCCGCGUGGGGCGACGGGAGGACGCCGAUACCGCUCCUGUCGCCGCUCGUCACGUCCCCGGCGCCGGCGUGGGAGGCGGACCAGGCCGGGAGCAGGAGGGAGGCCGCGCAGGCGGAGACCAGGAGCGGCGGGGAUGCUGACGGCAUCCUGAGCCCGAUCCGGCGCGGCGGGUAUGGUGUCAGCAACGGUGCAGAUGAGACGGCCACGACGCCGGCGCUCAGCGGCGGGUGGCGGCACCCGGCCAUGCCGGCGCCGACGCCGACGCUUGCCUCCAACGGGGGCGGGGUGUGGCGGCACCCGGCGAUGCCGUCGCCGGUCCCGGAGCCGGCGUCCCUGGCGCCGCUCUUCAAGUCGCAGUGCGCGGUGGAGCUGCACAACCCGCAGGCGCAGGCGCAGUAGCGAGGAUCCAGGACCACUUGAACCAGGCGACCGGCUGUCGGCGUGCGCAAGGCUCCGCGGCGACGACCGAAGCCAGCCGGCGACGUGCAUGGACACUCCGUGCGCGCUCUCGUGUCUGCCUCAUGCGUGCCCUCCUCGUGAAGUCGUGAUCUUGCUUGCACAACUUGUUGUACUCUCCUCUAGCUUGGUCAUGUAUAGACGUGGUUGUGGUUCUCUGGGUCACUGGACCACUAAUUUUAACUGCUCAUUCUCAAUUGUAAAACAUGAUCCAAUAAAGAAAAUGGCAGAAUCCCAAUGUCCCUCGCGUUGUAAGCUUUCGAUGAAUUAGGAUGUGUUUGGUUCA